CGGUGUUUCUGUCAGCACUGUAUAUUGUUUGCGGUUCUGAAAAUCCGCGUAUGCGGGUCGUGUGUGUUUUCAAUCUCAACAUCCGCCAUCGUUAAUGUAACAUCAUGUGUUUGAUUGUUUAACAACAAAGUUAAUAAUAUUACCGUGUCGUACCAUUAUACCUUACAUCCAAAAUGGGAGUCCCCGCAUUCUUCAGAUGGCUGACGCGCAAAUACCCUUCGGUAAUCGUACACUGCGUAGAGCAAAAAACCAUCGAUGUCAAUGGCGUUGAAGUACCCAUUGACGCUUCCGAACCGAAUCCCAAUGGGGUAGAGUUUGAUAAUUUGUAUCUUGACAUGAAUGGCAUUAUACAUCCUUGUACACAUCCUGAAGACAAGCCUGCCCCUCGCAAUGAAGAUGAAAUGAUGGUUGCUAUUUUUGAAUGUAUUGACAGAUUGUUUAAAAUUGUAAGACCUAGAAAAGUCCUGUACAUGGCUAUUGAUGGGGUUGCACCCAGAGCUAAGAUGAAUCAGCAGAGGUCAAGAAGAUUUAGGGCCUCUAAGGAAACUGUAGAGAAGAUCAAUGAAAUUGAAAGGACCAGGGCUGAGUUACUGUUAACUGGUGCCAAGUUGCCACCACCUAAACCUAAAGAGGAACAUUUUGAUUCUAAUUGUAUUACGCCUGGCACGCCAUUUAUGUCGCGCUUAUCACAAUGUCUGCAUUAUUAUGUACAUGAUAGACUUAAUAAUGAUCCUGGCUGGAAGGAUAUUAAAGUUAUUUUGUCAGAUGCAAAUGUUCCAGGGGAGGGAGAACAUAAGAUCAUGGAUUACAUUAGGAAACAAAGAGCUCAACCAGAUCAUGAUCCAAACACUCAGCAUUGUCUUUGUGGAGCUGAUGCUGAUUUAAUCAUGUUAGGACUGGCAACACACGAGCCGAAUUUCACGAUUAUUCGAGAGGAACUUAAGAUGAAUCAGCCAAGGCCUUGUGAAUUGUGUGGACAAUUAGGCCAUGUAAUGAAAGACUGUGUUGGACUAGAAUCGGUUGAAUCAGACGUUCCGGUUGCGUUUGGUUCAGAAAACGAAUUUAUAUUCGUUCGCCUUAAUGUUCUCAGAGAGUAUCUUGAACGAGAUUUGGUGAUGCCCAAUUUGCCAUUCCCGUAUGAAUUUGAGCGAGUGAUUGACGACUGGGUGUUUAUGUGCUUUUUUGUGGGCAAUGAUUUCUUGCCGCAUUUACCGAGUCUGGAGAUUCGUGAGGGAGCUAUUGAUCGUCUCAUUACUCUUUACAAGGAAGCUGUGUACAAAACUGGCGGUUGGUUAACUAACAGCGGCGAUGUAAAUCUAGAACGCGUCCAACUUAUCAUGAGCCAACUGGGAAAAGCCGAAGAUGAGAUAUUCAAACGCAGACAACAAAAUGAAUUGAACUUCAAGGCCAGAAAUAAAGCAAAGAAACGCCGCGAACGCGGAUCGUUCAAUCAAAACAGACCCAAUUGGUCUUUAGUACGCGGCACCCAGUUUGCACCCACCGAAGUGGGAAAAGCGCAAACAUUAACAAAUGUUCGACACGAAGCUUACGCCAUGCGAAAGGCGGGUAUGCACACGGAGGCGAAAUUGCAGAGCACCAACGCGCAGGAUGCUUUAGAAUCGAUGCUUAUACCAACUGACGGCAAGCCGGCUGAAGAACAACAGGAACAAUCACGACGAGCACCCAAGCGAGCGCAUGAUGAUAGUGACGACUCAGAAGAUGAUCAAGCUCACGACGAAGUCAGAUUGUGGGAGUCUGGCUUCAAAGACCGUUACUACGAGAGUAAGUUUGAUGUCACACCGGAUAACUUGGAGUUUAGGUAUAACGUCGCUUUGCAUUACGUAAAGGGCUUAUGCUGGGUUCUAAGGUAUUACUAUCAAGGUUGCGCGUCGUGGAAGUGGUAUUUUCCGUAUCAUUAUGCGCCGUUUGCUUCUGAUUUCGUUAAUAUUUCCGGACUUAGUACUGAAUUCGAAAUGGAUACUAAACCAUUUAACCCAUUGGAGCAACUUAUGGGGGUGUUUCCUGCCGCUAGUUCUAAGCAUGUGCCUGAACCAUGGGCCGAACUCAUGAGUGAUCCCGAAUCGACAAUUAUUGAUUUGUAUCCAGAAGAUUUCAAGAUUGAUCUUAACGGUAAGAAGUUUGCAUGGCAAGGAGUCGCAUUACUACCAUUCGUCGAUGAGGAGCGCCUUUCUGCGCUGAAGCCUUAUUAUAAAAAGUUGACUACUGCUGAGAAGCUGCGAAACAUUCGUGGUGACGAUCGACUGUAUCUAUCAGUUGAUAAUAAGUCGCAUUCGGUAUUAAAAGCUGUCUACGAUCAAAAUCUCGAUUCUGAUGCGGAGAUUCAAGUGAGUAUCGAUGGUAUGCAAGGGACUAUUCUCAGCUCGGACGUAAAUAUCGAAAUUGGAGGCAUGUUGCCAUCGCCCAUUAAGUGCCUGCCAGCUCUGGAGGAUAACUCGGCUUGCUGCGUGCGUUUCCGCGAUCCGAAGUAUACGCGAGGAUUUGUUUUUCCUGCUGAGCGUCUAAAGGGCGCAAAAACGCCUCCGCGUGUGCUUAAACCGGAGGAUUUGGAUGAACAAUCGAAUAGGAACUGGAGACCGCAGUUGGGCAUGGCACCCGCCACGCAAAGGGCGUUUGUGUCGGACGCCGGACAUCGCUUCCUCAAUCAUCACGCUCCGCGCAACUUCCAGAACCAGGGGAAUUACAAGCAGCGGCAAGACAAUUACGGCGGCCAGGGAGGCUACAAUAACCGCCAUAAUCAAGGCGGUAAUAAUUAUUCUUCCGGCGGGUACCAAAGCGGGGGAUACUACCAUCAGCAAAACAGCUACGGCGGCGGCGGAGGCGGUGGCGGGGGUUACAACAAUCGCAACAACAGUUACGACUCGAAUUGGAGGGAUAACAAUCGCGGUCAAUCCAACCAGCACGGCGGCGGUGGUGGACAAGGCCAGGGUGGCUCUCAGAGGGGUCGCUUUGGUGAUAAGCGAGGAGGUCGUGGGGGUUACAACGGUGGAGGCGGCGGAGGCGGCUACCAAAGUACUGGCUAUCGUCGGUAGGACGAUAUCAAAUGAUGAAAAUAUCGUGUUCUUAUCAGAUAUUUGAUGAUUGUACAAAUUAAUUAAGCGAUUAAUUACUAUGUACGCUUAAUUCACGCAUAUUUCUAGUUAAAAGCAAUUCAUUUGUAAUUAUUAUUAUUUUUUAUAAAUAAUAUUAUUAUAUGGUGUCGAUUUCAAUUUUAUACGCUGUGUCUGUUCAAGGAAAAAGAUUCACAAGUAAAUUCUGUAUUAUUUAA